GGUAAGGAAGAUACAACCUUAUUUUUUAUUUAAAAAUAUGUUUUCCCAAUGAUUAUUGGAUUCAAUUUCAUCCUUUGAAUAGUUUUGUUUCUUGUUUUGGAGAUUUAGAAAUUGGAUUAAAGGAAAUAAUGGAACACGGGUCUUUCACUGAUAAUAGUGCUGCCACUUUUUCUUUAACUGAUGAGGAUCAUACCAUAGCUAACACUGUUAGAUUCACUUUGAAUCAAGACCCAAGGGUUACAUUCUGUGGCUAUAGUAUUCCUCAUCCUUCAGAAGCUCGAGUUAAUAUUAGAGUUCAAACCACUGGUGAUCCAGCAAGAGAGGUAUUGAAAGAUGCAUGUCAAAAUUUGAUGUUGAUGUGUAGGCAUGUGAGGUGCACUUUUGACAAGGCUGUUGAAGAUUUUAAAGCAAGCAAUGCUGUGAAGGCUAUGAAAAUUGAUUCACAAGACAGUAGUGGUGAUGAUUCAGAAGAGAGUGAAUGAAAAUGAUUUCCUACCAUCUAUCUUUCACAUCUUAAGACUAUCAUGUGGUCAUUAGCUCAAUCUGAAUUACUUCUUUUUGUUAUCAUAUCAAAAGCUUUUCGUUUGAUAUCUCACUUAUCAUCAACUAUUUUCAUUGGAUUUGCAAACUAGAGUUGCCUAUGCAAGCUAUUCGGUUUACCUUGCUUGCAAAAACCUAUUUAUAUUUAAGGAAUGAGUUAGGGAGAAUACAAUAGCAUGUUGUUAGCAUCCACUAUUUCAGGCUGUGGGGAUUUUCUGUUUGGUUUCAUCAAGUUCGAAGUUGUUUCUCCUGGCUUCGAGAAAUGUGGUAUGGAUCUCCAACAGCGCUUUUGAACUCUAAUUAUCUUCUUGGGAGUGUCCUCAGCCUGCUUGCUAGCCUGCAUUAAGCAUCGAUAAAUACCAACUCAACCAUUUUG